AUGUCCUGUGAAACUAUCAAAACUCUUCUUGCUGAAUGCAAACAAAACAAUUCUGAUGAUGUCAGCAAAUGUAAAUGGGCUGAAAAGGCUCUUCAAUUAUGCACCCAACAGACAACGAUGGAAAAAGAAUUAUCUUUGAUUGAAAAAAGUCUUUCAGACGCACCCAGAAUUCCAGCAAAGAAAAUUUGUUGCUCAUGUCCCGAUAUUAAAAAGAUUAGAGACAGUUGUCUCAUCACGAACGGAGAAGAUAAUGCCGAAUGCAAAUAUUUAAUUAAUGCGUACAGAUUAUGUUUACGAGAUGUCGGAUUUAGUCGAGAACAAGCAAACUUGUAA